ACCAAAAACAUCCCCUCCCCUUAAACUCCAAAAUAUGGCCUCUAUUUUGGCCAAAACCACAACUUUUACUCUCGUCUUUUUUCUCAUUGCAUCAACCUUUACUCAUGCAUCUGAGUACAGGACAUACAAUGACUACUCCCCAAAUCUGCCAUCCUACACUAACACCUACCAAUACAACCCUGUCCAAAAUUACAACCCCUACUACACUCAACCCCAACCCACUACGCAAUCCUACACUUACCAAUACAACCCCACUCCAAGCCCCACUCCCUACAAAGAGACAACUCCAGAAACAAGCUACUCUGGUGGCGGCGCAACUGGCUCCGAUAAGGCCGCCUUCUUGCAAGUCCACAAUAUCGCUAGGGCAGCUUUGGGACUUACCCCAUUCACUUGGGACGACAGGCUAGCUGCGUUCGCGCAAUCAUGGGCUAACCAACGCAUCAAUGACUGUCGAUUAGUACACUCGGAUGGACCAUAUGGAGAGAAUAUCUUCUGGGGUAGCGGUGGUUAUUCAGCUGCAUUUGGUGUGCAAUCAUGGGUUAACGAACGUAAGUACUAUAAUCUUUACUCCAACUCUUGCUCGGGUGGCAUGGAUUGUGGCCAUUACACUCAGAUUGUGUGGAGGAAAUCCACCCGUCUUGGUUGUGCUAGAGUUACUUGUAAUGAUGGAGGUGUUUUCAUCACCUGCAACUACGAUCCUCCUGGUAACUACAUCGGUACACGACCAUAUUGAUCUAUAUAUAGUUUCUAAUAUCUGGUUGAGAUUUGAGAAUAAUAAUAUAUAUGUAGCAUGUAUUGAUGAUUUAUUGUUUUGAGAAUUGCUAGUGUUUUUUUUUUGUAUUAAGUGUUUUAACAAGCGGUAGUUCCAACUUCCCACAUACUAGUUUACUAUAAUCCAUUCCUAUUUCUUAGCUCGUGAA